UCGAGACCAGUCCAGGAGGUAUUGAAUGAAGUAUUUAUGUCGAGACACUUGCUCGAAGUCUUGAUCGCUCGAUGUAGGCGCGCCUUUAAGCGCGAUUGAUAAGAGAAUUUUUUUUAACGAGAUCAACAAAGUCAGUGUUUUGUCGCUAUCAUCAGUCGUUGCUCAACAUGGCGAGCCACAUGCAGAGAUUGUUGUUGAGGACCGGCCGUUUGUGUCGCGUUAAUUCCACGAGGCAGAUCUCCGCCUCAGCCGCACUCCGAGGGAGACCUGCCUUCAAUUGGGAGGAUCCGUUCGAGUUGGAGUCACAAUUGACGCAGGACGAGAUCCUGAUGAGGGAUCAGUUCCGUACCUACUGUCAGGAGCAGCUCCUGCCGCGCGUAAUUGAAGCGAAUCGCAAGGAGCAUUUCGACCGGGAGAUCAUGAGGCAGAUGGGCCAGCUUGGGGUGCUGGGCUGCACCAUGAAGGGUUACGGCGCCGCCGGGGUGUCCUCGGUGGCUUACGGGCUUCUCGCCAGGGAGAUCGAGAACGUCGACAGCGGGUAUCGAUCGGCGUUGUCGGUGCAAUCCUCCCUCGCGAUCGGCGCAAUCUACAUGUUCGGUAGCGACGCUCAGAAAGAGCGAUUUCUGCCUAAAAUGGUUUCCGGGGAAAAGAUCGGUUGCUUCGGCUUGACGGAGCCCAAUCACGGUAGCGAUAUAGGAGCGAUGGAGACCCGAGCCAUUUAUGAUUCCGACAAAAAGGUCUACAAAUUGAACGGCAGCAAAACAUGGAUCACAAACUCGCCCAUCGCCGACGUGUUGAUAGUAUGGGCGAGAUGUGAUGACGGUCAGAUCCGCGGGUUCAUCGUCGAGAGGGAAGUUGCGGGUGAUCGAUUAUCCACUCCAAAGAUCGAGGGAAAGUUUUCUUUAAGAUCGUCCAUCACCGGCAUGAUCCUGAUGGAUAACGUAAUCGUGCCAGAAGAAAAUUUACUGAAUGUUCAGGGACUCAGAGGACCGUUCAGUUGCUUAAACAACGCACGGUACGGCAUCGCCUGGGGUGCGUUGGGUGCGGCGGAGGCCUGCCUGAAGAUCGCCCGAUCUUACACUCUAGAGAGGAAACAGUUCAAAAGACCGCUGGCGGCGAAUCAGCUCGUGCAGAAGAAACUGGCGGACAUGAUGUGCGACAUCGCGAUCGGUCUUCAAGCUUGCCUGCGAGUCGGUAGACUGAAGGACGAGAACAGAGCCGCGCCGGAAAUGAUUUCCAUCAUAAAGAGAAACUCGGCCGUCAAAGCGUUGGAGAUCGCGCGAUCCGCGCGAGAUAUGCUCGGCGGAAAUGGGAUCUCGGACGAGUACCAUGUGAUCAGGCACGUGAUGAACUUGGAAACGGUCAACACUUACGAAGGUACAAACGAUAUUCACGCGUUGAUUCUCGGGAGGGCGAUCACCGGUAUCGCUGCGUUCUCGGGAUAAGCUGGACUCAAGUGACCGAAUGAUAAGACUGUCUUUGUACGUGCCACGUGGCUAUCGAUUUUCACGUUUAUAAGCGUUCGACACGCUUAUGCUGAAUACAGCAGUGACAAUAGUCACUGUCAAUUUUUUUCCCCUCUAUGAUCAUUAAUUAAUUACUUUUAUAAUGAGAAUUUUUUUUGUACAUUUUAACGCUGAUGUA